AUGCUACACGAACCAAUCGAUAGGCGCGGCCCGCAACGCCACGAGGUGGUUGAGGCUGCGCCAAAUGCAAGCCUCGCCCCGCCUUCUCGGCGUCGAAAAGGGUCUGCAACGACUCGUUUCGCUGUUGCCGAUGAGUGGGUCGCCGCCCCUUAUCUGCCCGCUCACUUGACGUGGCUCGUGCGCUCGUCGUCGUCGAUCGUCCUGAAGCAAUGGGGACAAGAGAUGGCAUCUCGGCGUCCAUCUCGAAGCUGUCUAUGUCCUCCGCCGAGCAACUUCAAAGACGGCAACGGCUCUGCUGCCUUUCGCGAUCGUCCGUUGCAGUGCGUGCAGUGGCGCGAGGCCUGCCACGCGGCGGUCGAUCAAGGCCAGCUCGAUUUCCCGGAGAGGGCUGACAAUUCGACCAGAAUCUCGGAGCGGCACCGGUGCCGAAUGUCAAAUUUGUCAAAUUUGUCGAGUCAUGAAGAAUCCCGGUGCCGCCCGCAAAUGGUGGACACACUGACGCCACCUUCCCUGCCUGCACCGAGACCACAUCUGGCCAAGCUCCUGCUGUCGCCACCGCCUCACAAAGGUGAAAAUCCACCCGAGCCCAAUGUAAAAAUGUAA